AUGGGUGGCAUUUCUCGUCCAGUUUACCUGCUGGAUCGAGAUCAGGCGGAGACUAAACGUCUCAAUGACCAACAUCGCUUUCUCGUCGAACUCUCCAACCUCAUUCACCCGUCGAUUCCAAGAGAUCUUACAGCAGUAGCUGACUUGGGUACUGGCACUGGCGUCUGGCUCGAAGAUGUCGCCAAAUUUCUCCCCAACAAGUCAGUCUACCUCCACGGCUUCGAUAUCUCCUCAGCCCAAUACCCGCAAGGCCACCAGAUCCAACGACCUGGCCAAAAGCCAAUCCCACUAAGCGUCCACGAUGCACUGCGCCCAUUCCCAGAAGAGCACCGUGGCCGAUACGAUCUCGUGCACAUCCGACUCCUAACAGCAGGCCUGAAACAAGCCGAUUACAUACGGGUACUCGCCAACGCGCGCGCUUUACUAAAACCAAACGGCUGGAUCCAAUGGGAAGAAGUCGACCACACAGCCUUCUGCACAGAUGCAACACCGGAGCCGACAGCGAUAACCCGACUGCGGGAAUGCGUGAUCGAGGCCAUGCUGAAACUAGGCCUAUGGCCAUUUGCUCCACAGCGCGUGUACGACGAGAUCUCUGCGAACGGGUUCGCCGAUGUCGUCCGUGAGACCUACACGACUGCUGGGAAGGACCAUAUGCGGCCUUUCGCGCAGAAAUGGGUCGCGGGUGUGAUGCGUGCGCUGGCCCCGCCUUCUAUAGUUGUUACUGGUCAAGCUGAGGAUAUCGUGCAGGCACGUGGGAUUGUUGACGGGUUGGUUCGCCAGUUUGAGGCGCAUUGUCAGAAUGCGACGGCGCUGGUUAACUUUGGGGUUACGGUUGCCAGGAAGGUUUAG